ACGACGUACGCGGACGGGGCGCUGGACGCGUUGGCGAUCUCGUUGUUUAACGCAAAGCUCGCGGCGGUGGUGGGCGAGGAGGCGAGCGCGAGCGCGAACGAGAAGCGCGGAUUCGAGCGGCUCGUCGCGCUCGCGGACGCGCUGGCGGACGGACGAACGGUGGUCGAACAGCGCGCGGCGGUGACGCGAGCGCUUUUGUCCAUCAUACCCGCACCUGUGCGGUUUUUGUUUAAAAAAAUGAUAAAGCCGGCGCCGUGGGUGGACGAGAUGAACGCGUACAUCACUCGCGAGGCCUUCGCCUGGCUCGUGGGACCGUGCGAAGUGAUGCCGAGGGAAAGCGAUGGGGUCAUGGCGCAAGUGAAGCUGCGUAAGUGCCGAUAUUUAGAGCAAAGUGGGUGUUCAGCGAGUUGCGCGAACUUUUGCAAAAUUCCGACGCAGCGCUUCUUCAAGGAAGCGUUCGGCGUCGACGCUCGGCUCGAUCCGAAUCACGAAGAUGGGAGUUGCGUGAUGACAUUCGGUGUAAAGCCGGACAUAAAUGACGCCGCAUUCGCGGCGCCGUGU